AUGCCGAGGAGUUUGCAGCAUAUGAUCGGGAUCUUGGUGCGAAGUUUUGAGUGUCAUGUAGACGUCGAGCUCGAUCAUUUGCUGAAUUUACUGGAGAUUCGCAAGGCCCACGACGGAAAAAAGUUUUAUAUUUCUGCUAAGGCAAAUCGUAAGAUAAUCGGCGGCUUUCCUAGUAAAGAUAGUUUCAGGGACAAGCGCUUCUUAUUUGUCCGGAUUAACGGGGCGUCGGUUGGCGACGGCUUCAUCGCAAGACCAAAACAGAUUGGGGACCGAUUGCCGAUUGUUCGCGACUUUCUUCCCCGGUGCCCUGACGAUCUGUUUGAAGUUUGGGACGGGCUAGCUGCCAAUCGAACUCAUUGGAAACGCCAUUUCUCGCUGGAAAGAGUCGAACGAGCCCGGUCUAUUGCUGCGGGUGUUUCAGUUAGCUCCGAACUAUCCAACUCGUCGGGCGAUACUCGUGACAAGAUGGUGAUGGAGACUUUCCGGGAGAGGAAGAAGAGAGAAGCUGAGGAAGCGGCAAGACGAGCCGAAGAGGCUGCCAAGAGAGGCGAGAACGAGCCGAUGGAUGUGACCAGAGCACUGGUCGUGAGGAAGGCCUCCGAGGCGACCUCUAAUAUUCCCGACGAGCAUAGGUCCUCUGCUGGUGCGACCAAGUCGGCCAUUCUCGCUCCCCCGCAUUCGCCGAAGCCCCCGACUUCCAAACUUGAGAAGCACGAGGCGGCGAAUCGCAAGCGCUCUGCUGCGGAGAAGGGAAAAGGCGUUGUUUCCGACAAAGGCGAGCCGCUUAAGAAGAGGCAGAAAGCGGCUGUCAGCGAGCCAAGCUCGAAAAAGCUUGUCGUGGACGAUGCUACUGCUUCGGCCCAAUUGUUCUUUAGGAUCAAUAACGACAAAGUUGCUUUGCCGCGCCCCGAAAAGCUUAAGCGCCCCAAGUCUUACGCCCCCAUGGCACAACAUGGUACCAAGUUUAUCGCCGCGGAGAACGAGCUGUUAACGGGCUACGAAUCCGACGCGCUCAAAGGCGAGCGUCGUUUGGUCGAGACGAAGCAGGAGGCCGCGCAGUCGAAGGCUGAGUUGGACAAAGCGCUAGCUCGAAUCACCGCGCUAGAGGAGGAGAAAGGGAGGCAAAUCGCAGCAAAGGAUGCAUUGCUCAAAUCCCGAGUCAAGAUCGCCCAGAAAGAAGCCAGUCGCGCUGCCGCGGCUAAGUUUCAAGAAGGGCUUGCUGGGAUCGAAGGGAAAAUGGGUGAUCUGGAGAAAGCCAAGAGGGAUGAGAACGACGUUGGUCAAAUUCAGAGUAACCUCAUGCUAAUUGGCGAUCUCCGAAAGCCAGAUGCCAGUCUCGAUGCAGAAGAAGAGAAGCUGAAAAAUUGGGAGGCCGAGCUGUUGGGAGCCGAGGAGACGUUUGAGCAUGCUGCUAUGGACUUGCGGGAGAAGCUGGUAGUUUCUCCGGUAUCUCCAAAUUCCAUCGAUUCUCGCUUGAGGACCGAACCGCUAGAAGUUACUGCAGCUUCGGUUGGAGUUACGAAUCCGAACGGUUCGAACAUUGACACUCUGAGGGCUACAGAUCUUGCGGCCGAGGGCAUUCCUGAGUUGCGUGGAGGAGAUCAGUAG